UCCAUUGUUUUGAUUUUCCUUUGAAGAUCAAGAAAUUAUUCGGUCAAGAAUCAACAAAAGAGAUGCCUAAAGAAAAUCUUAUAAUGUGUGAGUCAAGCAACAGGGUUAGAGUAUCGCCAUACCCGCUUCGCUCAUCUAGGAGCAAAAAACAGCAGACAUCUGAGUCACCUAUUGAGAGUGGAUGGGAGGAUGUGCGGUGUGUGAUAUGCAUGGAACCGCCUCACAAUGCUAUUCGUUUGACAUGCUCUUCCUUUUCGAGUGGAUGUCGUCCUUACAUGUGUGAUACGAGUGUUCGUCACUCCAACUGUUUUAAGUUGUUCCAAAAAAACAACAGAAAAAAUCGUCUAACCCCCAAGACCUUACACUGCCCUUUAUGUAGAGGCGAAGUCUCUCAUACGACAAAGGUGAUGAAAACUGCAAGAAGAUUCAUGAAUGCUAAACCAAGGUCAUGCCCUGUGGACAACUGUGAUUUUUUUGGGACAUAUACUCAACUUAAUAAGCACUUGAGAACUGAGCAUCGUGGCUGUAUCCCACAAAAAGUCGAUCAACAAAGACAACCAAGGUGGGAAAUGUUUGAGAGACAAACUGAAUACCUUGACCUCAUGACUGCAGCUGAGAUUCCUCAUACGCCCGCGGUGGUGCCUCAACAGCUUCCCUACAAUUAUCAUCCUCCCUACAAUCAAGCUCAUGUGUUUCAGAUCAUCGUUAACGGAGCUGUGUGGAAUGUUAUUGAUUCGACUCAAGGAAGGAGCGGAUUUGCCCCCGCCAACUAUGCUACAAUGCAUUUUCAACCAAUAAGUGUGUAUCGCAGUGGGAUUCCGUGAAUAAUUCCAAAUUGUGUAGUGAAAAAAUCUAGAUUCUAUGAAUAACUCUAAAUAAAAAUUUGUGUAAAGUGUUGAUUUUUCAAUAACUAUUUACUUGAUCA